GACAAACAUGAUCCAAAUGUGAGUCAGACAGACAAACAAACUACUGCUACGUUAAUCAUGGGUCCAACCUCUAUGGCCGCCGGAAGAGUCACGAGGUUUUUGGCCAGGCACUACCCUCUCGAGCACCACCGUGAUAACGCCGAUGUUGAGUUCGACUUUCUUGAUGAUAUUGGAGAAGCCUUGUUAGCUCAAAGUGCUAGCAGUGAUGAGUGCGGUCACCCCAAUGAAAUGGAGGAACAGUUCGACCAAGACGAGGAUCACAGAGAUACCGUCGAGGAGAAUAGAACCUUUUGGGACAAACAACACCAGCUUUUGCAGGCCAGUAUAUGCAGAACUAGUUCUUCGGAGUCACGGAUAAGGCAUGCCACCAAAGAAGCGCUUCAGGAAAUUCAAAGCGCGGAAACUGUGUGCGGUUGUGGCAGACAGGUGGCUGUGAUCACAACUUGUCGAAACUGUUUGAUGAGAGAAGUUUCUAGGCGGCUUCAGAAAGCAGGUUAUGAUAGUGCUAUUUGCAAAACUAAAUGGAGAAGCUCACCCGAUAUCCCAUCAGGGGAACACAAUUUUUUGGAUGUGAUAGACAGCACAAAGAAGGGGGAGGUGAGGGUGAUUGUGGAGCUGAAUUUCAGAGGAGAGUUUGAGAUGGCAAGGGGAAGUGAAGACUACAACCGACUUGUUAGGAGGCUUCCAGAGGUGUUUGUGGGGAAGGUGGAGAGACUGAGCAACCUAAUAAAGAUAUUGUGUAUGGGAGCCAAAAGGUGCAUGAAGGAAAAGAAAAUGCACAUGGGGCCAUGGAGGAAGCAUAGGUACAUGCAAGCUAAGUGGUUAGGUCCAUGUGAAAGGAACACUUCCCCAACCUCACUUUCAGUGAGGUAUAAUUCUGAGAGGAUACUGCCAAGGCCAAAGGCAUCCAUGUUGACUGUUGAUCUGCUAGAGAAGCCUUCCCAAUAUGCAUUGCACUGCUGUUGAGGUUGUGUAAUAUAAUUCUAAGAGAGAGAACCACCUUUUUUUGUUUAUUUUGGUAAUUAAUUAAUUCCCCUCCCUAAAAAGGUGAAUAUUAAAUGAGUGAUUCGCAAAUUAAUGUCCUAUACACAUGUACGUAAAAACAAAUUAUGGAAAUGAAUGUGCAGUUCAAAGCUGCCUUUUAAAAUUUCAUAGAUCACUUUUAAACCUAAUUAAGAACAAUAUUUGUCUUUCAUCAAAUUUGCUAAUCUUUUACAUGCAAAAUGCCAAACUAUUUGAUGAAAACAUAGUGUAUACAAACUCAAAAAGACCUUUUUCAAUUGGUGUAUAUAAAGAAAUGGUAUAAAAUAGAGUAUCAUAAGGGUGGGAAGUAUUGUAUUUAGCAAAAAUAGAUUUUGCUUGUAAAGAGAGAAUUUGGAUUGUUGA